UUUAAAUUUUGGAAACAAAUGUUAAUAAAAUUUCUUUUAAUACUCCACAUAUUUCCUUUAAAAAAAAAAAUACUCCAUAUAUUUAACUUUCCCUCAAUUUUCCAAAACCCAAAAACCGUCUUCUUCAAUUCCAAAAUCAAAGAUUUGUUGAUGGAAAUAAAAGGAUAUUGGGGAAGAAAAGAAAGAAGCAAGCCAAGUGGGUGGUACAUUCAACGUGAGUCUUGGAGGAGGAACAUAGAGCCUUAUGGUGAUGGAUGGUCCACCAGUUUUGAUUAUCCAACCACACUUCAAACCACGCAUUUUCUUCCAGAUCGUGUGAUGGGCGAUGUUGUUGAUCGAUAUCUUCAUAAUCCUUCUUAUAUUAGCUAUUCUGGAAUGAGGCAUAUGAAGGAGAAGGGUUCUUCUAAGGAUGCUGCUUUAUCAUGCUAUAUAACACUGAAGAAAGACGGCAAACUCAUAUGUCGUACAAAGUGCACAAAACCUCCCAUUGAACCCUCAUUAUCUUGGAAUGUGGACAUAGUAAAGAGGACUGCAGCAAAUGAUCUUCAAGAUUUUCCACGUUUCUUCCUUUAUCCUGCGUUUGAGAGGCACAACAAGGAGAAUGCUGAAUGGAUAAAAUUUUUGACUUUCCUCUAUAAAUACAAUAAAGUUGCCACUGUACUAUUUGAUGAUCUGAAGAUUUAUGUACUUCCCCCUGAAUCCAAUGAGGCAGCUACAGAAACAACUGAUGGCCUGUAUUUUGAUCAUGCUGUGGUGGUAUAUGAGUUGAAGGAGCUAUGUGGCACCUCUGUCAACCAAAAGCAUGUGAGAUCAGGGUUUGUACUGGAAAAUGCAGUCAAAGUAUCUCCAGAUAUGCUUUCAAUUCCUCCAGCUGAUUGCAUUAAAGAUGCUCCUGCCGUUGAGUCUAAUGCCCACGUGAAGGAAAAUAGUUAUACCGAAAAGGGUACCAGUUCCUCUAUCUCAAAGUGUCAUGAGGCAGUUGACAGUACUAAGCCCUUCUCGAUAAAGGUAGAUGUUUCUCCAGAAAAGAGUUAUGUUCAUGCAGACCCCAGCUAUCUGAAAACACUUGGUCAGGCUCAUUCUAGUUGGAUAUUUGGUGCAAUUGCUGAGCUUGUUGACAAUUCAAAGGAUGCAAAGGCAUCAAGACUAAAUAUUGCUAUCGAGACCAUAUUAGAUAAAACUCUGGGUAGUGAGAUUCCUAUGCUUUCUGUCAUUGAUGAUGGUAAUGGAAUGAAUCAUCUAGAGAUAUUGAGGAUGAUUUCAUUUGGGCACAAACAACUUGAUGAAGAUAAUGCAAACCAUAUAGGAACUUUUGGCAUUGGCUUCAAGACAGGAUCAAUGAGGCUGGGAAAAGACGCUUUGGUCUUAACACAGACAACUGAUUCUCGUUCUGUCGCUUUCCUUUCGCAAUCAUUAAACGAGGGAAAUGAUAAUCUGCAAAUACCUGUUGUCAGCUAUCGUCGACGAGGACAGUGCAUGGAAAUUGAUACAAAUGUACAAUCUAAAGAACUAGCGAAGUACAAUUUGAAUGCAAUAAAGGAGUUUUCACCAUUUGAUGAGUAUUUGAUUGGUGAAAAAGCUGGUUUGUUUAGAGGAAGUGCAGGAACACAAAUCUAUAUAUGGAACUUGGACAAAUGGGGUUCAAAUUACACUUUAGAGUGGCAAGAAGGCAUUCCCGGUGGGAGCUCUUUUAACCAGGGUGACAUAUUUGUUCGUUCUAGACGUGUGAGAACUCGUCCAGGACAAACUAGUCGAAAGGUUCAUCUUGACUAUUCACUACGGUCAUAUUUGGAAGUCAUAUUUCUAGAGCCUAGAAUGAAGAUAUAUGUUCAAGGCUCACUGGUUAAAAGUCGUCCUUUGGCCAAAUCUCUCAACAAUACUGUUGUGCUAAAUGCUGAAAUUAUGGGCAAACAAGUCCAACUUACACUUGGUCGUUGUCGGAUAGAGUGGGAUGAAGCAAACGGAGGAAUAUUUUUGUAUUGGCGUGGACGUCUAAUUGAGGCUUAUAAGAGAGUAGGUUGCAUGAUUCACAGUGCUGAUAUGGGUCGAGGUGUGAUAGGUGUAAUCGAUGUUACUGGACUAAUGGAUGAUGAAAACGGUUGUGUUUGGGUUCAUAACAACAAGCAAGGAUUUCAAGAUUGUGAACAAUAUGCUUGUCUUGAAGAAUGGUUGGGAAGAGAGGCAGAUGGAUAUUGGGAUAAAUAUUUUGAUGCUAUAGAACUGAGAACGGGCAAUUCUCACUACAAGCCUGAUAAUGAAUGGGUGCAAUGUGACAAGUGUAGGAAGUGGAGAAUGUUAAGUUCUAGCUUUAACAGCAAGAAUCUACCUAAAGAAUGGUUUUGUUACAUGAAACCUUUCAACGGGAGAUGUAAUAUGCCUGAAGAACAACUUGGGCAAGGAGUUAUCACAGUGGGGCUGAAAAGAUCAUGUCAUGAUCCUAGCUUAGCUUCUAAUUCUGAACAAAGUCACCAGAUUGAUAAUGACAGUCCUUUACCAGAAGGGAAAGACCAACAUGAAUCAACGCUACGAGCUGAUCAUGAUCUUAUUGUUGAUGUAGUUGUGGAGCGACCUGUCUUAAAGAGGCUUAGAAGGCGACCUCCGCGGUAUUGUUGAUGUUUUCUAAGGAAAAACCUCUGCCUUAAAGUAUCAUAUUCAUGAUGCCUUCAAACUCUUGAACUCAUAGGAACUAGGAACACCCCCAACACUUUCAAACUUCGCUUGCCUUUUUGUGUAUAUACUCAACUACAGGUUUUUAUUAGUACCUCCUUUUAGUCUCCCAUGUAGCAAAUUUGAAAGAUCAUUUACCUAGUGCGCCCUCAUUGUUUGUAUAGUCAAACUCAAUUUCUUUUGUGCGUCUUUUUUUACAAAUAGCGUUCAUAUUUAUCAAAUGUUAUUUUGACAGAAAA